GAACUUUAGAUGUGCUUGCCUAAACAAUUGGCUCAUUGCCCUGGUAACCAGCUCUGUAGUUUGCUGUAUUUAAGGACUCGCUCUCAGAAGAAGCCCCGUGAAGUCCUGAAAGGCUGUUUGGCUGCUAAGCGGUGUGGCUCUGUUUGAUUGUCCAUACACAUAUUUCACUUUCUACUUCCUACCAUGUGUUUUCGGGGAUGUGCAAAGUGUCUUGGUUACUCCUUGAUACCACUGGCAGUGUGCUGCAUUGUUGUCAACAUUUUACUUUAUUUUCCGAAUGGAGAAACUAAGUAUGCUAAUGACAAUAACCUGACUAACUACGUGUGGUUCUUUCAUGGAAUAGUGGGAGCAGGUGUUCUGAUGUUCCUGCCUGCUGCAGUUUUUAUCAGACUGGAGCAUGACAACUGUGCCGGGUGCUGUGGAAGCUUUGCUUGCAGGGAAAGAUGUGCGAUGCUGUCCUCUGUCUUGGUGGCUUUGAUUGGAUUAGCUGGAUCUGGGUACUGCUUUAUCAUUUCUGCUCUGGCUCUGCAGGAAGGCCCAUACUGCAAGACAGCAGCCAAAUGGGAGUACCCUUUUGCAAAUGGAAACGGAGGGUACCUAAAAGACCACGAUUUGUGGACCAGCUGCCUAGAGCCUGCACAUGUGGUGGAGUGGAACGUCAUUCUGUUCUCUAUCCUGUUGGCCCUCAGUGGAGUGCAAGUCAUCAUCUGUGUAGUGCAGAUCAUCAACGGUUUCAUUGGAGGAGUCUGUGGACCCUGCUGCUGUGGGCAGGAGUACAGCAUGAAGGCAUAAAUGUAAAAAUGCAAAGAGACUUAACGUCAAUUGCCACUCUAAUACAGUUCAUAAGACAUUUUGGGGCCGUCCGUAAAAGAUAAAUCCCUAUCACAUGUCCACAGCUGUUGGCAUGGUCCCAGUCCCUUCUGCCAGGAAGGUUCUUCAUGGAUGACUCCCUUUUCCAAGUGAAUUUAUAAUGAAAGAAUUGCUUAUUUUCUUCCAGAAGUAAUGAUAUGUAAAUUCCAGCCACUUAUUGUAAAGUGUGCAGUAUAAUCUCAGAUCUAAGUUCUCUCAUUUAAACAGAGGGCAUGUCUUCUGUGUCUGCUUUUGCAAAAUAUCAGGAGUUAGGGCAGUAGAUAUUAAUUUAUUUUAUACUAAAGGAAUCGUAAGCUUUUGCAUGACGGGUGAGUUGAACUUGUUUAUUGUAAGUUGCAAAGACAAAAGGUGUAUUAAGAAAAUGUUUGCAUGUUAAUAUUUAGUUGGUUUUAAUAUUAAAAUAUAAAAUGUAUUUCCCAAACUAGGUAUUAGUUUAUUGUUAACUUAUUACUUUGUAGGAAACAAGCCAGGCACUGUGCUGUACAUCAGAUACAGAGGUUAUACACUGCCUCAGAAUUGUGUGUCUCAUUGUAGCUUUUUAAAACAAAAUGUUUUUAAAUUGAAAGCACAGUAUCUACACACACUUGAAUAGAUUGUAUUAUUACAGAAACUUGCAUUGCUGUCAACGUUUGUGAUGGAAAGCAUAAUUUUGCAAUAAAAAUGUAAAAAGAUCA